CCGGCCUUGCUGGGAGCGGGUGUGUGCGCGCGCGGCGGGCGGAGGGGCCCGGGCCCGGGGCAUGGAGAGCCUGCUGGAGAACCCGGUGCGCGCCGUGCUCUACCUGAAGGAGCUCACCGCCAUCGUGCAGAACCAGCAGAGCCUCAUCCACACCCAGCGCCAGCGCAUCGACGAGCUGGAGCGGCGCCUGGACGAGCUCAGCACCGAGAACCGCAGCCUCCGCCAGCAGCACCCGGCUCCCGCCGCCGAGCCCCCGCCGCAGCCCGAGCCGGGGCCGCUUCAGCACCCCCAACAGCUCCCGGCGCCGCCGCCGCUCCAGAGCCGGCAGGCUCAGCCGGGCCCCAGCGGCGGCGGCAGCAGCCGGGCUCCCGCUCACCAGCACCCCCCGCUCCAGCCCCAUCAGCACCACCCGGAGAAGGACAGCAGGGAGAGGGGCUGCUGCGCCGCCCUCCUCCAGCACAAACCCGCCCCGGCCAUCGGCAAAGGCGCCCUGGGCAGGCGACCAGAGAAUGAAACUGUUUUACACCAAUUCUGCUGCCCAGCAGCUGAUGCAGAGCAGAAGCCUUCAUCUCUGGACUCCUCACCAAGUGACGAUUCCUGCGGUUCCACCAGCAAGAAACCCGGGUGUGAAACGGAGGAUCCGAAGGAGGCCGGCAGACACAGUGGCCAGGAAGGCAGGUCCGACACCCUGACGCUAAAAACCCAGCAUGCAGAGCGGCAGGAGGAGCAGGCAGCGGGGUGCUCCCCUCUGGUGCAGAAGCCCAGCCUCCAUCACACGGGUUCCCCAGUGAGAGUGCAGCGCAGCAAAGGGACGGCCACGUGUUCCCAUGCAGCUGCCUCCGAUUAUGAGCUCUCUCUUGACCUAAAGAAUAAACAGAUCGAAAUGCUAGAGCACAAAUACGGAGGGCACCUGGUCUCUCGCAGGGCAGCCUGCACCAUCCAGACUGCCUUCCGCCAAUACCAACUCAGCAAAAACUUUGAGAAGAUCCGGAACUCCCUGCUGGAGAGCCGCAUGCCCCGCCGAAUCUCACUAAGAAAAGUCCGGGUCCAGAACUCUGAAAGCUUCUCUGCUGAUAAAGCCCUGAUGGAAGGGUACAACUUUGUGGGCAUCCCCUUGGUGAGGUCCCCAUCUUUGCCAGUCACCAUCAGCGGGGCCCUGACUGAAUUGGAGGACUCUUUCACAGAGCAGGUUCAGUCCCUGGCCAAGUCUAUUGAUGACGCCCUCAGUACAUGGAGCCUGAAGACCAUGUGUUCCCUUCAAGAUGGCAGCUCAUACCAGAUCAGAGAGACCUUCAGCGCCAGCUCAGUGCAGCCAAACCAGGACUUGGAAGCUGAACUGAAAGAGCAAGAGAAGGAGGAGGGACUGCUGCCAGAUACUUUGCCCAAGAGCAGCAGCACCCUCAUGAUGGCCUUCCGGGAUGUCACGGUCCAGAUUGACAACAAGAAUAUCUCAGUCUCAUCUUCUACCUCUGUGUCCAUGGCGAACUGUCUUGGCAGCAGUGCCCAGGCCGGGCUCUCUCAAGCUGCCAGAAUUGAAGAAAGCCCAGGGGAUGGGGAAAAGGAAGACAAAAAGUCCCAGGCUGCCCUGGAAGGGCUGCCGGACUCCAGGGUCCUCCAGAACAGUCACACCUUCACCGAGGUGAACGUUAACACCAAUGGUUUGGGGGGAGGGGUGAUGGAGCAAGGACAAAUGGUGGUGCAGAAACUCCAGUUUGAUUCGAACAAUGAGACCGGGCAGGGCAAGGGCUCUGAGUCUGAAAAUGCAGACAACUCAGAGCAGCUGAGCAGCAGCAGCACCUCCACGUCAGCCAAGUCGGCAUCGGAGGUAUCUUCUAAGGAAGCGCUGCAGGCCAUGAUUCUGAGCCUCCCGCGAUACCACUGUGAGAAUCCAGCCAGCUGCAAAUCUCCCACACUUUCCACAGACACCAUGAGGAAGCGGCUCUACCGCAUUGGGCUGAACCUCUUUAACAUAAAUCCAGACAAAGGGAUCCAGUUCCUGAUCUCUCGGGGUUUCAUCCCGGACACGCCCAUCGGGGUGGCACAUUUCCUGCUCCAGCGCAAGGGCCUCAGCCGCCAGAUGAUCGGGGAGUUCCUGGGCAACAGCAAGAAACAGUUCAACAGGGACGUCCUGGACUGUGUGGUGGACGAGAUGGACUUCUCGGGCAUGGAGCUGGAUGAAGCUUUGCGGAAAUUCCAAGCCCACAUCCGUGUGCAGGGAGAGGCUCAGAAGGUGGAACGGCUAAUUGAGGCCUUCAGCCAGCGGUACUGUAUGUGUAACCCGGACGUGGUCCAGCAGUUCCAUAACCCGGACACCAUUUUCAUCCUGGCCUUCGCGAUCAUCCUCCUCAACACGGACAUGUACAGCCCCAACAUCAAACCCGACAGGAAGAUGAUGCUGGAGGACUUCAUCCGGAACCUGAGAGGGGUGGACGACGGCGCUGACAUUCCCCGGGAGCUGGUUGUGGGGAUCUAUGAGAGGAUCCAACAGAAAGAGCUCAAAUCCAAUGAGGAUCAUGUGACCUAUGUCACCAAGGUGGAGAAAUCCAUAGUAGGGAUGAAAACAGUUCUGUCUGUGCCCCAUCGCCGGCUGGUCUGCUGCAGCCGACUUUACGAGGUGACGGACGUGAAUAAAAUGCAGAAGCAGGCUGCUCACCAGAGGGAAGUGUUCCUCUUCAACGACCUACUGGUGAUCCUCAAGCUUUGCCCCAAGAAGAAAAGCUCCUCGACCUACACAUUUUGCAAGUCAGUUGGCUUGUUGGGGAUGCAGUUCCAUCUCUUUGAGAAUGAAUAUUAUCCCCAUGGCAUCACCCUGGUGACUCCAGUUUCAGGCUCAGAUAAGAAACAGGUACUACACUUCUGUGCUCUGGGUUCAGAGGAAAUGCAGAAAUUUGUGGAAGAUCUAAAAGAGUCAAUAGCAGAGGUGAUGGAGCUAGAACAGAUACGAAUUGAAUGGGAGCUGGAGAAGCAGCAGGGGGCAAAGACUCUUACGUUAAAGACCAACGGGGCUCAGAUGGAACCACAGUCCAAGCAAGCGUCUCCGACAGGCAAGAAGGAGUUGGGGGAGAAGGUCUCAGAUAGCACAGUGGAGGUGUCAAUUCACAACAGGCUUCAAACGUACCAGCACAACUCCGUCUUGGGGCCCGAGAGUGGAACGCAGGCCAGCACGCGUCCUAACAUGCCACAGGAGAGGCUGGAGACAGCAUUGGUACCCUCCUAUCCCGCCUCGGCGGGGACACUUGUACAGUGCCAGCAGAUUGUCAAAGUCAUUGUCUUGGACAAGCCGUGCCUCGCUCGUAUGGAGCCGGCCCUCAACCAGACUCUGACCCGCUACGUCUCCUCCGAUUCCUGCAGCUCCACCCCGUUGCGCAGUGCAGGCAGUGGGCUCCAAGGGACCCCAGUGAAAAUCAUUCAUCAGCCCCCACUUCCGCCUCCACCACCACCCUACAACCACCCACACCAGUUCUGCCCCCCCAGCUCCCUGCUUCAUAGGCGUAGGUACUCCAGUGGCUCACGCAGUCUAGUGUAGCCACACCACCAGCACCACCAAACAGCACAGGUUUUCCCCGGGACCCUUUCUGGCUACAAAGAGAUCUAGUUUGGGAUUUAUUUUUUAGUAAAAGAGAAGAAAAACCAAACCUGAACAGACUUAACUCCUCCCCAUCUCCCCUGAGAUGAUGGUAAUUGUGAAGAGCCCUUUAUAGAAACUGCCAGUCCUGGAGGUCACACUUCCACCUGCGCCUCCCACCCAGCCGCUCACUCCAACUCAUGCCUCCUCCAUGGACCCCACCAUAGUUCUUUGCCACCCUUCUCCCAGCGAGCUUGUUGGUUCUCUGCUUUGUUUGCUCUGUGUCUUCAGUUUGCUAUUUCUGCCCCUCUUUCUCUUCCUCACCCCUCUCCUCCACCUCACCUGUCCCUGGCCAAGAUUUUAUCACACAAAACUUCACCGGGUUCUGGCGGGAACAGACUCACCGUUGAGGGCACUGACUUUGGGUAGAGCACAGGUGGGGUGGGGGGAGGAGCUGCUGUCACCAACACUGCUGCCGCCGUUGCUGCCUGCUAAGCUGGAGCUGAGAAUUUGUGAGACUCAUCACAUGCUUCCUCCUCACCACCCUUUGGUAACUUCUCCUCUCACAGCAGCCGGUUCUGAGAGAGAGUGAGCAGGAGAAGGGGAGACUGUCCCAAGCUGCGGCAGAACCCAAUGAUGGCCUCACUUUGAGCACCAAAACUCUUUCUGUUGUUAAAUUGGGACACUGUACCAAGAGAGCUUUGCUGAGAUCCAGCAGAACUCAUCACAUGUAAAUACCCCUGUGUGGUAGAGUAUGCUUGGUGCAUGCUUAGGAAAGGAAAAACCAAGUUGUUCUGGGGGCGCAGAAGGGAGAGUUUAGACCCCCCAAAACCUUUCUGGGGUGACUGCUUUCUCAAAGAGUUAGUGCUGUCUGGAUCCGUGGUGCGCGCUCACAGAUGCACACACACACAGGUUGGUCUUUUCUGGCACAAAGGAGUAUGCGCCAACACCUGGAGGACUCCCCCAGCCCCAACCGCACCUGUGUCCUCUCCCAGCUGAUUUUGUGUCUCCUUCUCACUGGAAUUUGUGCUCUUGAGAAAAAGCCAAAUGUUAAGUUCACCUUCUGGGAUGGAAAAAUCCCUUCAUUUGAUCCUUUCCAUUCAGUGUUGCACGGAGGGGACUGUUUGGAACCCACCCUCCAGAUGGCCUUGGGGACCCACGCUUUAAACAUGGCCUCCUGCUUGGAUAGUCUGUUGCCCCCGCUUAAAGCUCCCUAAUGGGAAUUUGGUCCUGUCCUCACACUCCCACCUUUUGCGCACAGCGGGAUCCCUCCCUUUCCCCCAAGCCAACUUUCAGCGCUCCAGAGGGAGAUAACAGCUCAGCUCCUCACGCUUAUCGGUCACACUGACAUGCAGAAAGCCGGCCUUAAAAUGGGCUAGAGCUGUAUUUUUAGAAAAAAUAUCUCCUCACGCAGCGGGGAGGAGCAGGUAUUAAUUAGCUUAAAGGCUUUGGUCUCGCUCGCUCUAUCUCCCUGUGAGGCUUAAGCAGAGCCACUUUAGAAUAUGAAAACAGGGCAGAACAAGUUUUAGGUCCUUAUUUUAGAUUUUUAAAAAGCGUGCGAGAGACGAUUUUUCCUCUCCACGUGCGGCUGCGACACGGGAGCCCGGUGCUGGCUGGUGACACAGCAGUUUUCUUGUCGGGCACCUGGAGCUGGGGGAUUGUGGAGGACAGUGCUUGAGUCAGCAGGGCAGGUAGCGUCGUGUCAGCUACAGGAAGGCUUUUACCCCAGUUGGCUCCAUCCCCUUGAGUUCAGUGGGGUUAUUCGCAGAAGCAAAGGCUGUGAUCUGUCAGGCCCUGCAUGUCGGGCUGUCCCACAUCCUUUCACAUGUCAGUGGGCUCCACCAGGACACUCAGCUUGAAGGGCUUGUGAUCAGCCAGGGUUUGAAUGGGAUGAGGCUGAAGAAGGUUCUGGAUCAGGGUCAUGAAGGCCGCGCGCUCUGGGAUGUCAGCCUGAUUCCCGGGCAGGCUUUGGGGGGAGACAUGCUGUAUUGGGCUGGGGCACCCAGGACAGUGCCUAGGUUUGGCAAAAAGCCUGGUGGUAAGCCCAGCACUUGAUGGUCUAUCCCCACAGUUGAAACGCACGUACACCCCAUUUCAGUGAGUAUCCCAUGUGCACGCACAGGCAGAUGCUGCUUUCUUGGCUUUGUUCUUCUGGCCGAAGCAGGAUGUAAUGCCUCUGUUUUUAUACUUAUGCCAAAUACAGAUUAAAGGAAAACAAACAGACACCACACAGAGGAUGCCUAUGAUGAGCCCUCCCGGUCUGGGGGCAAGGCAGGGGCCUGGAAGCUGGUAAGGGCCCAAGAUUAGGAAGCUCUCGCUCCUGAGAAACUGCCCCCUACCUUUAGUGGGCCCAGUUUUAAGUCCUGCUCCUGUGCAGUGCUGAGCUCUCACAUGGCCUGACUUUCAGCUACCCUCUCCUGCAGCGGGCUCUGAAAUGCAGCCUGGCUGCCAUGCCAUCUGGCUUUGUAGUGAGGAAUGGGUGAGCCCUUCCAAACUAGCUAUAGGCAGGAUCUCGUUUGACUGGGCCUUAGCUUACUGGGAAAUCCUACAGGUGGAAUUUGCCAUCUCGCUGCCAGCUAGCCGUUGGUAGCAUUUUAUUUUUACCCACUGCUGAUGGGGAAAUGAUAGCCUCUCAGCAUCUCUGGCAAUUUUCUUCCUUCUCCAGGCUUAUUCUCUCAGGCUUGAAGGAAGGCUGAUUUUCCCCAGAGUUCACUAAGCCAGUGAAGGUUUGUGUGUGUUUAAAUAAAUUAGAUUUUAUUUGACAUUUAACACAAAGUGACAACAAAACACCUUAAAGUAUUUGAUGAAAUAAUUAUUUUAGAUAAAAUAUUCAUAACAAUGUGAAGUUCCUAGAAGAGAGAUUUGCGUUAUUAAUAAUUAAGUGGUGAAAUUAAGACAACAUAAAAAGCAGGAAGCUUUCCUGAGUCCUCCCCUUCUUCCCCCUUAACACUGGAUAAAGGACUCCUCAGUUUAAGGUCAGAAGGGACCAUCAUGAUCAUCUAGUCAGGCAUGCACAUCACAGGCCACAGACCCUCACCCAACCGCUCCUGCACUAGGCCUGUAACCUCAGGCUGAGUUAUGGAACUCUUCAGAUCUUGAUUUAAAGACUUCAAGUUACAGAGAAUCCAGAAGGAAGCUACUAGUAGUGCUAGGAUUUACCAAUACAUGGGGUGAAGGGGUGUAGUAGGGUGAGGGAGGUCCACUUCCCUGACCUACCAAAGACUGCUUCUGGGAUGGAGAUUUGGUCAGGGACACAAAUGUAGCAAUCACAUACCUUUCCACCUCCUCUUGUUUUCUACACUGCUGGGCAUGCAGGCUGUUUCCAUGAAGGUUAAUUGGCAAGGGUUAUUUGGUUUAUUCCAGGAUUUUCCUUUAGUAGAAGGGGUUGCUCUAAAAUCCACUGUGUAGUUGAGCCCUCUGGGACUGUGACCAGAGACCCUCUGCUUAUUUUUGUUUGGGUUCGUUGAGCGUUACAAGCACUUUAAAAUGUGUAUACACACCGUCUGGCCUAUUGUACUCCUGUGCCCACUACUCCCCAUCCACAAACGGACAGACACACACACACACUCAGUAUACUUAUAAUUCUGCAAGUAGAAACCACUGCACAUAACCUGAUCGCUGGCAGGAUGCCAUUAGACAAAGAGAUUGAACAAACAUUUUAGCGAAAGGCCUGGGGAAAAGUAAGAAACAAUCCACCCCUUGCCGUGAGAAAAGUGGCACAAAGAAAAUCACCAACCCACACACAAUGUUUUUUCUGACUGUGAGACUGGCAGGAGAUUUUGGAUUGUGAGAUCAGACAGGUGCCUGCUGCAGAAAUUAGAUAAGCCAAACUGAAGUGAUGAUUUGCUGCUGCAUAUUAAACAAACGCUACAGCAUUGUACAGUAAUGGUCCAGCACACAAGAAGAAAUAUCCUCCUCUGGGGUAAGAAAGUGGAAGAUGCUCUGUCCCUUUACAUCAGCUCAGAAGAUGUCUCUCUGGUCCUGAUUAUUCUCUUACACCUGUGUAAAUUAUCAGUAAGUGGUUACCCCAGGACAACACUGGUAUGAGAGAGAGAGAGAGAGAGAGGAGAAUCAGGGCAACAGAUACAAGAGUAUUUGGGCCACGGCUGUACAAUACUACUGUAUUUUUUAAUAUGGAUUUUCAUAAAUCCCAGAAGGAAUUCCACAGCAUCCAUUGUUACCCUUUAUGUGUUUGGUCGUAAAGUGGAAUCUAACUGACUCCAAAUCCCCUUCUU